UCGGUACGGUCGUAUAACCUCAAUUUUCAGCAUCAAGUGAUGCAAAAUUUUUUUCAAAAAUCUAAUUAGCAAAACAGCUUCAAAGGAUUUGUUGUAAAUUGGCUUCGAUUAGAUCGCAAGAAUACCGUUAGAACUUCUACAAAUGCCACAUUAACAAUUUGGAUUCAAAUAAUUAUUUCCUCUUUUUAUUUGAUACUUGUUAAGCGCUGAUAUAGAAACGCGUUCCACCAAAUUCUUGUGAAUUUUCCCAAAGUACUAAAUUUUCAUUAGUUUGACACGAAAGGAAAAAGGCCAAAUUUGUAUGUAGAAAAACUGUGUUCUGGUUCAGCCUGCCAAAAAGAGAUAAGUGAUGCGUCGCAACUGAUAGCGUUAAGCAGCCUAUCUCGCUUGUGCUACACAAAAGCCGGUUAGUGAUGUCAAGCCAUUGAAACACAGCCACGCAGCUGUUUUAUUGACAGCUUCAACUAGUGAUUGCGUGAACAUACACAACGCAAAGGGCUGCUGGCAAGGGACAAUUGCAAAUUUUAAUUAUUUAUAAUUUAUCAUGCUACGCAAAUUAUGUUACUUCAAGUGAGCUUGUAUAUCAGCGCAGGAAACACAGCUUUUAUGUCAAUGUCAAUAUGUAGAACUUGAACACAUCCACCUUGGCACAAGCAGACUUCUUUUCAUUUUAUUUGCAUUACGUUUGUCGGAGGUUGUGAUAACGGUACUGUGCGUGAUUUGUUCAAACACUUUUUGUUGAUCAGCAAAUAAAAUGUUGGCAUCAGUUAAACAUUUACUGGAACAAAAACGUAUAAUAUUGGCAAGUAGUUCCCCACGCCGCCAGGAACUUAUCAAAUCUAUAGGACUUUCCAUAGAAUUGUGCCCAUCUAGUUUCGAAGAAAACCUAGACUACCGUGAUUUUAAGGAGUUUUCGCAGUUUGUAGAGGCAACAGCGGCUGGCAAGGCUGAGGAGGUCUAUCAACGCUUGCAUGCCGCUCAUCCAUCGGACGAUUUGUUGGUUAUUGGCGCUGACACAAUGGUCACAUUGGGAAAAGAAGUUUAUGGGAAGCCAAAAGAUGCUGCCGAUGCCGUACGUAUGCUGACCAAUCUCUCUGGCAAAUGCAAUCGCACUCAUACAGGAAUCGCGCUGCGACACAGUAAAGGGGUGCGCCACUUUACUGAAACUACUGACGUAUACUUCGGUGAAUUGACUCAGGCACAAAUACUCGAUUAUGUGGAUAGCCGAGAGCCACUCGACAAAGCGGGCGCCUAUGGUAUACAAGGAAUUGGUGGCUCGCUAAUUGAAAGAAUAGAUGGAGAUUACUAUUGCGUAAUGGGUUUGCCACUGCACCGUCUGUGUAAAGAGAUAUGUGCUUUGCUUGAAGAGUCAAAUGGCCUGGAUAAUGGUUGUACCGCCGAGAAGAAAGCAAGAAAAGAAUGAAUUGUUAGAAAAACUAUCGCAUGUUGCCACAUAACAACCUUUUAAGAAAUAAAACAUAAGCGAGGCUUUUAGUUAUAAACUAGAACGAAAAUAUUUCAACAA